ACAUGGUUUAUACAGCUCAAAAUAACUUGGGACCUGUGAGCUGACAAAUGCUCUGGCUCCGGUGGUGACAGGUUGUCCAGCUUCUUACAGCCAUCUUCACUGAAACUAAGGUUAACUCCUCACUCUCUAUGGACGGCUACUCUCGAUUUCCAAGGGCGUGAAGAACUUUCUUUUUCUCCUGUGCUUUCAUCUAAAAGUUCUCCUUGGAUAAUUAUCAUCACAGUGGAUUGCCUGGGUUGGACAUCCUCAUCUGGGUCAACUAAAAAAAAGAAAGCAUGCAAGACGACAGCGUAGAAGCUUCUACUUCCAUAUCUCAGCUUCUAAGAGAGAGUUAUUUAGCAGAAACUAGACACCGGGGAAACAAUGAAAGGAGUCGAGCAGAACCUUCCUCCAACCCUUUCCAUUUUGGCAAUCCUUCUGGAGCUGCUGAAGGGGGAGGAGGCCAAGAUGACCUUCCAGAUCUUUCAGCCUUCCUGAGCCAAGAGGAAUUAGAUGAAAGUGUCAAUCUGGCAAGAUUGGCCAUCAAUCAUGACCCUUUGGAGAAAGCAGAUGAUGCUCAAGCUAGAAAACGCCUUUCAUCUGAUCAAAUGAAACACUCACCUAAAUCAAGUUUUGACCCCAACUGCUGUCAGGAUAACUCUCAAGGUUCUACUAGCUCUAGAGAGAGCUCUCACGAGGCAAAAAGGCCACAGUAUAGUUCUGAAACCCAGUCCAAAAAAGUAUUCUUAAAUAAGGCUGCCGAUUUCAUUGAAGAGCUGUCUUCCCUUUUCAAAGCCCAUAGCUCCAAAAGGAUUAGACCUCGUGCCUGCAAAAACCACAAGAGUAAAUUGGAAUCUCAAAACAAACUUAUGCAGGAAAAUAGCUCCAGUUUCUCAGAUAUCUCAGAAAGAAGAGAAAGAUCUUCUGUUCCCAUCCCUAUCCCUGCAGAUACUAGGGAUAAUGAAGUGAAUCACGCCCUUGAACGGCAGGAAGCUAAGAGGCGCGAAGCUGAGCUGGCUGCCAGUGAGGCAGCUGGUGGAGACACCACCCCUGGGUCUUCACCUUCAUCUUUGUACUAUGAAGAACCUCUGGGGCAACCUCCCCGGUUCACUCAAAAGUUACGGAGCAGAGAAGUUCCAGAAGGAACCAGAGUACAGUUGGAUUGCAUAGUGGUAGGAAUUCCACCACCUCAAGUAAGGUGGUACUGUGAAGGCAAGGAGCUUGAAAAUUCGCCAGACAUUCAUAUCGCCCAGGCAGGAAAUCUGCAUUCACUGACCAUUGCUGAAGCCUUUGAGGAAGACACAGGACGCUAUUCCUGCUUUGCUUCUAACAUCUAUGGGACAGAUUCAACCUCUGCUGAGAUUUAUAUAGAAGGGGUUUCUUCUUCUGACUCAGAAGGGGACCCUAACAAGGAAGAGAUGAAUCGAAUCCAGAAGCCAAAAGAAGUAUCAUCUACUCCCACUACUUCUGCAACCAUUCCUUCAGCAGUACCCCAAGCCCAGCAUGUGGUGGCCCAGCCCAGUGUGUCAACCAUCCAACAGUGUCAGAGCCCUACCAACUAUCUACAAGGAUUGGAUGGAAAACCUAUCAUUGCAGCUCCUGUGUUUACAAAGAUGUUACAAAAUUUAUCAGCCUCUGAAGGUCAGCUGGUUGUCUUUGAAUGCAGAGUCAAAGGAGCUCCAUCUCCUAAAGUUGAGUGGUAUAGAGAAGGGACCUUAAUAGAAGAUUCUCCAGAUUUUAGAAUUUUACAGAAAAAACCGCGAUCCAUGGCAGAACCAGAGGAGAUUUGUACUUUGGUCAUUGCUGAGGUGUUUGCAGAAGACUCUGGGUGCUUCACCUGUACCGCGAGCAACAAAUAUGGCACAGUGUCAAGCAUCGCACAACUCGACGUAAGAGGAAAUGAAGACCUCAGAAAUAAUGGGUCUCUUCACCCAGCCAACUCCACCACCAACCUGGCUGUUAUUGAGCAACAGCCAUCCCCACCCAACCCAGAGCCUCCUUCUGUGGAACAACCCCCUAAACCCAAACUUGAAGGGGUUCUAGUAAACCAUAAUGAGCCCCGGUCCAGCUCGAGGAUUGGGCUCCGUGUGCACUUCAACCUGCCUGAAGAUGACAAAGGAAGUGAAGCAUCUUCUGAGGGUGGCGUGGUGACCACCAACCAGACAAGGCCUGAUUCUUUCCCAGAGAGAUUCAAUGGACAGGCAGCAAAAAUCCCUGAGCCUUCUUCGCCUGUCAAAGAACCCCCUCCAGUUCUGGCCAAACCCAAACUUGAUUCCAGCCAGCUACAACAGCUUCACAACCAAGUCUUACUGGAACAACAGCAGUUGCAAAACCCAUCUCCUUCAUCUCCUAAGGAGUUUCCUUUCAACAUGAGUGUUUUGAACUCCACUGCUUCCCCGGCGGUGACAAUGUCCAGCAAGCAGGUGAAGCCCCCUUCAUCACAGACUUUCAGCUUGGCCCGGCCAAAGCAUUUCUUCCCCUCUACAAAUACCACCGCAGCAACUGUGUCCCCUUCCAGCUCUCCAGUGUUCACCCUGAGCAGCACUCCUCAAACCAUUCAGAGGACAGUGAGCAAAGAAAGCCUCUUAGUUUCUCACCCCUCCGUGCAAACCAAAUCUCUAGGAGGAGUUUCCAUCCAAAACGAGCCACCCCUUCCAGCUCCAAUAGAGCCAGCACAGCCGCCACUCACAUUUGCCAUCUCCAGUGGAAACCAGUUUCAGCCCCGCUGUGUUUCCCCAGCUCCCGUCUCUCCCACCAGCCGGAUUCAGAACCCAGUGGCUUUCCUCAGCUCCGUUCUGCCUUCUCUCCCUGCCAUCCCACCCACCAAUGCCAUGGGGCUGCCUAGAAGUGCACCAUCCGUGCCAUCGCAAGGACUAAUGAAGAAAAAUACAAAGUCUCCCCAACCACUGAAUGAUGAUUACAUUCGUGAAACUAAGAAUGCAGUGAUUCUGGACUUGGGGAAAAAAAUGAAUUUCAAUGACGUCAGAUCACACCAGCAGGAGUACAAAAUUUCAAGCUUUGAGCAGAGGCUGAUGAAUGAAAUAGAGUUUCGCUUGGAACGUACCCCUGUUGAUGAAUCAGAUGAUGAAAUCCAACAUGAUGAGAUCCCCACGGGCAAGUGUAUAGCUCCCAUCUUUGACAAAAGACUCAAGCAUUUCCGUGUUACAGAAGGCUCUCCAGUGACAUUCACCUGCAAAAUUGUUGGGAUACCUGUUCCAAAGGUUUACUGGUUCAAAGAUGGGAAGCAGAUUUCAAAGAGAAAUGAGCACUGCAAAAUGAGGCGAGAAGGAGAUGGGACCUGCUCUCUGCAUAUUGACUCCACCACCAGUGACGACGAUGGCAACUACACUAUCAUGGCUGCCAACCCCCAGGGGAGAAUCAGCUGUUCUGGCCACUUGAUGGUACAAGGUUUGCCCAUUCGUAGUCGACUAACAUCUGGUGGUCAGUCUCACAGAGGAAGGUCCCGAGUACAAGAAAGAGACAAAGAGCCCCUACAGGAACGCUUUUUCCGGCCACAUUUCCUGCAGGCUCCUGGGGAUAUGGUAGCUCACGAGGGGCGCCUGUGUCGACUGGACUGUAAGGUGAGUGGCUUACCGCCCCCAGAGCUGACAUGGCUGCUCAAUGGCCAACCUGUGCUACCAGAUGCCUCCCACAAGAUGUUGGUCAGGGAGACUGGAGUCCACUCUCUGCUCAUUGACCCACUCACUCAACGUGAUGCGGGGACGUAUACAUGCGUUGCCACCAACAAAACUGGACAGAAUUCCUUUAGUCUGGAGCUCACUGUAGUAGCCAAAGAGGUGAAGAAAGCACCUGUGAUCCUGGAGAAACUGCAGAACAGCGGCGUUCCUGAAGGCCACCCAGUGAGGCUGGAGUGCCGUGUGAUAGGCAUGCCGCCACCCGUGUUCUACUGGAAGAAGGACAACGAAACCAUCCCUUUCACCAGAGAGAGGAUCAGUAUGCACCAGGACGCAACAGGGUAUGUCUGCCUCCUCAUUCAGCCAGCCAAGAAAUCUGACGCUGGAUGGUACACGUUGUCAGCCAAGAAUGAAGCUGGCAUCGUGUCGUGCACUGCCAGGUUGGAUAUAUACGCUCAGUGGCACCAGCAGAUCCCAACACCCAUGUCUGUCCGGCCCAGUGGCAGUCGCUACGGAUCUCUCACCAGUAAAGGACUUGACAUUUUCUCUGCCUUCUCCUCCAUGGAAAGCACAAUGGUGUAUUCAUGCUCUUCUCGGAGUGUAGUGGAGAGUGAUGAACUUUAGGAAUGUUUGGGUGCCUGCUGUAUAAGGGGGCGGACUGUGGAGGGGGAAGGAGGACAAGCCAGAUACAGUGGUUUCCAAGCAACUGGAUUUGAGUAAGUUCCCAUGCUGCUGGACCCUUGGCAAGAAGUGAAUAAGUCAGCUGGAGACUCUUGCAGUCUCAGCUGGGGGAAAGAUGUAGGGCUGUGCCUUUUAAAGAUUCCAACAAAAAUGUGAGAAGACAAUACAGAUGAACCAAAGAUGUCAUGAAGCUGCCAUCCACUGCUUUGGGAAAAAGCUAGCAUGCUCCCCUGCCCCCUGCUAUGUUAGGGAUAUUUAGGCCCUACUAGGAGCAAUGAGGGGCCAUAUGCUUGAGCUGAAAGGAGUUAGACAGUAGUGACUUUAGGUGUCAUUAACUCACCAGUAAUGCAAAGAAAAAAGGUGGGGAGGUCUCCAUUACCUUUCAUCAAUUACAUCCAUAGCAGUAGUUUUGAUGGAUUCUUUUAAUCAGCUUCUACUUAGCCUUAAGAGAUCAUGCCAUACAACUCACAUACGUGGAGAAGCACUUUUGAUUUACUUAUCCUGAGUGUACUGAGCCACAUUAUAAGGUGCCAAAAUGUGCCUGAGAUACAAAAAAUUCACUGAAACACUCAAUAUUGCACAGUGCACUUGUUCUAUAGCCAAAACAAGGCCCCAUUAGCCUGUCUGCACCAUUGUCUUCUGGAUAUAAUGGUGAGUCGUUUUUCUUUCUGACUUUACACAUCCCUGAAUUCUAGAACUAAAAGGUUGUUAGUAAACCAACUAACAACAAAAACUUCUGUGGGGUUCCUUUUUAAACUACUAGCUCAAUAUGCAAAAGUCAUCAUCAUCUUCCCCUCCUCCCUCCCCAAAAGUCUGGAAGUGUAUGAGGGAGUAAGGAAGGGAGAGAUGCAAACAAGGAGAGAAGGUGAUGGAGCCUGUCAGUUUUCACUUGCCCCUUAAGAGCAAUGGUUUUGGAGGGAGAGGUCUUUAAUAGGUAUGAACUGUUUGUGAGAUAAUUAAUUUGCAUUUUCUGCAUAGAAGAUAUCAUGCUAACCAUAAAAGGGGGAGGAAAGGAGAAUAUGCCUCUUUAUUCCAACCCACCUAUUCAAAAUCUUCCUCUUAAGGAAUUUUUAGACUUAAGUUCACUGCAAUUAUUCCCAGUGCCUAGAAGAGUGUUUGGCUCCAAAUAGACAUUCAAUAGAUAUUUGUUGGAUGAAUGAAUCUUAUAUGAGAUAGAGAAAUCUGCAAUUCACACAGCAGUCCAAAAAUUGCCCUGGGAAUAGUAAUCACAGCACAGUUUGCUCCAGACUCACCCGUGAAAUCAAUUGGAGGUGUCUGUUACCAAUUCCCUGUGCCCAAGUGUCUGGUGUUCUCUGAUCCAGGCACCCUCAGUUGGCAUCUUACUCGAAUGAACAAAUAGUCAUUGUUUAGAAAGGCUUGAAAUUUUCUUCACUUCAAGGCAAAGAUUUCCAGUAUAAAAAUAAAUUCAUUCACUCAAAAAAA